AUGUUUCUUGUACUUAAUGAACUCAAGAAUGUUGGUGAAGACAGACUCGCAAACUUCAACGCUUUGAAAUCAAUUAUUACGGAUAAUGAGAUUAGAAUUAAUGAAAAGAAUCAACCCAGAAGAACAGCUCAGAACGUUGCAAACUUCAUUUUCGUAACUAACAACGUCUACCCUGUCAAAAUUGAAGUUGGAGACAGAAGAUACGUAGUUUUAAGAGUUAAUGGUAAAUUCAAGGGUCAAUUUGAUUACUUCAAGAAUUUGAUGAAUUCAUGCACUAAGGAAUUUUAUGAUAAUUUACUGACGUAUUUUAUGCAAUAUGACCUUUCAUCAUUUAAUGUACGAAUCAUACCGAUGACUGAAGCCAAACAAGAUUUAAUUGAAUUAUCAUCAAAUCCUUUAGAUGUAUGGAUAAAUACACAUUAUGAUGAAUUGUGUGCAGGUAUGACGUGUGAAAAUGCUCUAUUCUGCAAACCAUCAGACAUGAAAGACAAAAACUUUCAAAUGAGUAUUAAGGAUAAAUGUGAUAGGAAACAUAGAAGAAUAGACGGUAAACAAACAUGGUAUUAUGUUUUGAAAGAAGAAAUGAAAGGAUUAUAUAAACAGGUUGAACCAAACGAUAAUGAGGAUUCAUUUACUGACGAUGAAAUACCUGUAAAUGAGCCGCUAAGCGGCGAGACCUGA